GCUCGUUUACACCCCUAGUUCAGUUAAGGCGAGCAGAAGUGCAGUGUCUAAAUUCACCGCUCUCUUACUCUGCUUGCUAAAAGAGAAUGAAAGCAUCCUGCUCUUAUCCUGCAGCUGCCGUUUACUCUCCGAUUGCCUACCGCCGGAACCCUAGCCUGCUUCCACCUCGCUCGGUAUCCGUUUCUACUGCCAAACCUGAGGUUGACGACGAGGUCUCGUCUGUGUCUCCGCUCAACCGUCGGCGCCUCAUCCUCCUCCGCCAUGCCGAAAGCGCACUGCCUAAUAGAUUUCUCAGGGAUCAUGACCGCCCUUUGAGUAAAACCGGCAGAAUUGAUGCCAUAAGCGUUUCUCGUGAGCUCCAUCAGAUGGGUUGGAGUCCGGAACUCAUCCUUUGCAGUGAUGCUACUCGGACAAAGGAAACCCUUAAAAUUAUGCAAGAGUACUCAAAGGAGUUCUCACAAGCUGAGGUUCAUUUUAUGCCGAGCUUCUAUUCUAUUGCAGCAAUGGAUGGUCAGACGGCUGAACAUCUUCAAAAGAUUGUAUGUCAAUACUCAAGGGAUGAGGUCCUUACAGUAAUGUGCAUGGGGCAUAAUAGGGGCUGGGAAGAAGCUGCCUCCAUGUUUUCAGGGUUUUCUAUUGAAUUAAAAACUUGCAAUGCUGCCCUACUAGAAGCUACGGGGGAAUCAUGGAAGGAGGUCAGUUUCUAACAUGUUUAUCUUAAAUUUCAAUUAAUUUGAUCAUGAAUGCUGGAUCACAGCCAUUUGAAAUUCAAGAAAAUAUCCUUACUUUUAACCCAAGUCCUUUACUAAUCAAAAUUCUUGUAAAAUGCUUAAAGAUUUUCUUUUCACAUCAGGCCGUAGGAUUUUG